AUGAAUUGCACAAAAGGCUCCGUCUGCUAUCGGACAUACUACGCACAUCAGUCGAGCAGUGGUUGCUUGAUGUCAUCCAAAAGUGAAGUUUGUUGCGAAGUUGCGAUCGAACCGUGCGACGGAAGAACUUAUACAGCUGUAAAGUUAACUCAACCUGAUACAAUAAUCAUUCUGCGACAUCGCAUUUACGAGCGUCUAGCAAGUCGCUGGACAGAAGCAGCUUCUGAAGAAUUUGAAGCAGUUGUUAAUAAAGGUUCAGCUAAAAUGGAGACAAUUGAUAAGCGACAGAUGGAAAUACGAACGACAACAGGUCGAGCAAUCCGUGAAAUGUUAAACGGAAUGUAUUAUUUCUCGAAUGAUAAUCGUCAAUUAAUGAUGGGCGUACGACUAAAUGAACCAACCGAAAGUGACAUUCAUAAGUUGGGUUGGUUACGCAAAAAUGCUAAUUCAUGGUUGAUACGUAAUGGAAUUAUUAAAAUUACCGAUUCACAGCAUGUUACAAUUGAAAAUUGUAAAGGACAACGUUAUUUAACUCGAUACAAUGCAGAAUAUUUUAUAACUUCCGAUGAUCGUAUCACUGAUCUUGAUCUCGGCUAUCCGGUUCAUGAGCAGAACUGGAUUGAACAAGUGGAAAUUUUAAAUGAUAAUCGAGCAGUACGAAUUGUUCAUGCUGAAGGCACUGUAGUACAUAUUAGUGUUAGCAGUGACACUAGGCCCAUAAUUGUACGACAUGCAUCACAUUUGCUAACAUUCAAUGGAACAAUUCGAAUGGAUGAUCAAUCAAAUCGAUUUCUCAACCUUACAAUACUUGGUGGAAAAGGGACAUUAAUUGGUUAUGUGCAUCGGUCAGAGGACAAAUCGAGCACCGAUUGGAGUUUUAGCAUAGAAAUUGGCACCGCAACAAGGACGAAAUUUACUGCGACGAUCGGUGGAAUUCCAACAGGAAUAAUCUCCGAUCGGUAUGUGUGCUUGCAACCGGCCGGUGAUGCCAGUGCGGAGCAGUGCAAGUGGUUAAAAUACGAAGCAUCGCCGCUACGUGAACGACACGUGGCACACCGUUGGCAAGCAGGUAUUGACAAUUGUCCAGGAUGCAACGAGCGUGGUAUCGAGAAUUUCCUGCUCAAUCUUGACCCACGACAGUGGCUCAACGGUCUAAACUCAACAACCGAAGCAGUCACUUGCGCUUUAGAAAUAGCGCUUGUCAUAGUAAGUAUAUUAGCCACCGUGCUAAUAUGCACAAAAUGCAUUAUUCCAUUAGCCAAAUGUACGGUUUCACUCAGUAAACCACCAAAAAAAUGA